UAAUGAAAACGCCGCACUGCGUUUCUUUAUCUGUGUGUGUCCCACUUGGUCUCAUUCGUCAAUUCCCAGCCCCCACGCGUGGGACUUCCUUUUACAAACCCCCGAUUCCUCUCCUCUCUUCUUCAUCCUAAAACCCCAUUUCACAAAAAUUCCCUAAAAACAAAUCAUUCAAUUCCCAUUCUCGAGGCCAUUUCGAGCUCUCAAGUGCACCAGAUUUCCCGGAUUAUCGUUUUUGACUUUGGAGCCUUAAAGUCCUCUGUUUCUGGAUUUGGGGAUUUUCAGAUUCGGUGCUCAUUUCUGGUGUUUUAAUGGCUUCCGAAGCUAAGAGCAUGGCUGUUUCAGAGGAACAGAAGAAGGAAUGUGUUGUGGAAAAUGGUAAGGACAAUAAGGAAGUUGUUGGUGUUCUUGAGGUGUUGGUUCACCAAGCAAGAGACAUUCAUAACAUAUGCAUAUACCACAAGCAAGAUGUGUAUGCUAGGCUUUCUUUCACUACUGAUCCUGCAAACUCUGUGUCCACUAAAACCAUCAACGGUGGUGGGAGAAAUCCAGUUUUCAACGACAGUGUUCGCCUCGACGUUCGAUCCAUCGAUACGUCGCUCAAAUGUGAGUUAUGGAUGCUUAGUAGAGUCAAGAAUUAUCUUGAAGAUCAGUUGCUUGGUUUUGCUUUGAUCCCUUUAAGAGAAGUUGUUGUUGUUAAUGGGAAGUUGGAGAAAGAGUUCUCUCUUUCGUCCACCGAUUUGUUCCAUUCGCCCGCCGGGUUCGUGCAGCUAUCGAUUUCGUAUAUUGGAGCUUCACCAGAGUUCAUGGCCAUUCCAGCCAUAGCUACAGCUCCCCUUGAAGCCAUUGCAGAAGGGGAGGAUUCGAGUUUAACCAAAUCACAUCCAAAUGAUUUGGACAUGAUGGAAUUCCCGGAUCUUAAGAUUGCGAACGAAGAUCAGAUAAUGGUCUCUGAGUACAUCGGUAUCACGUGUUCGAAUUUGGAUUCUGAAUCUUCAGAGAACUCAACCAUUCCCAAGUGUGAGAAUCCAGUCUUUCCAAUGUCGAACGAGAAGUCAAGUGAAGCUUCAAAGAUCGAUUCUCCACCUAAUAGUGUAUCAAACGACGCAGUUUCUUCACCAUCACUACCUACAUGCUCGGAGUCAUCAAAAACAUCAGCAAGUUCAAAACCUGAAACCCAAGAACAUGUUUCAGCACCAAAUGCUAAAAACAGCGAGGUCAACGAUUUGUGUAGCGAGGCAGCAAGUGAUACAGUUACGAAGCCAGUAGUUUGCGUGAGCAUCGAGCCAGAGGAAGAGAAAGUAGUGCAACAAGACAUUGUGGACAUGUACAUGAAAAGUAUGCAACAAUUUACAGAGUCAUUGGCAAAGAUGAAACUUCCUUUGGAUAUCGACACAAAUGGUCCUCCGAGUUCGGGUAGUUCGAGCUCUAACCCGGACCUACAAUCACCAAAAAACAACGGUUCUCGUGUGUUUUACGGUAGCAGAGCGUUCUUCUGAUCAAAUUCACGGUCGAGUAGACUUGAUUUUAGUAUGGUUUCAUGUUUUUUUUGGUUUAUGCAGUUUGAAAUGUAUUUGAAUGUGUGUUAGUAUUAGUAUGAUAUGAAGCUUUGGUUGAUGAA